CCACCCAGGGUCAGGCCAGGGUGGAGCUGUCAGACUAUUCACACCUCACAGCCCAGGGCUGGCAGGCUAGACACGCCAGCAGCAGGCAGCUCUUUAUUCAGAGAGAGACUCCUCCAUGGAGGAGCAGAGCUCUCUGACUGCUUCGCGGUUGUGCAUCUCCAUGGAAGGCUGAAGACUUGGGCCUGUACAGACCCUGACGUGAACGUGUAUCAAUAAUAAGGUGCCGCCAUCGGCCACAUCUCUCCCUUUUUUGUUUUGUUUUCUUUUAAUUCCCCCUCCGCGUUCUUCUGUUCACCGGAGAGGCGUGUGGGGAAGAGACUUGGCUGAGGAUGUAGGGACCUUGACAGCGUGCUAAGUUGCCAGGUGUACAGGCCGCAGGAGGUGAGGGAGAACGGGGGACCCACGCUGACCACCAGCUGGCAGAGCCCUGGGUUUUGCAGGGGGACCCCAACUGCAUCCACACGGGCUGGUAUCCCACCUCCUUUGCCUGCUCCCAGCUGCCAGGAACAGGAGCGUCGUGCAGACCUCGCGCGUGGUGAGGGGCAGCUGUCCGGAGCCCGGCUCAGGAGCAUGAUCCUCCCCGCAGACAGCAUGAGCGCCGUGCAGUACCGGAGGAGCCCACUGCGCGCCGGCUGGGCGGCUGCAGGCUCAGUCCAGAGUAAGGUGCUGCCCAAGAUGAGCUCCUCAUCGCUGCUGGAGGACAGCUCCAUAGAGCCCCCGGUGCUGCUGACCGACAUAAAGACGGAGCCCCCUGAAGAGCUGCUGGCCAGCGACUGCAACCAGCCCCAGGCCGAGCCCGUGGACCUGUCACUCAACAAGCCCAAGGUGUCUCUUCAGUCCUCCACCCUGCUGCCCUCCUCCAUCAGGUCCUCGCCCAUGCUGGUGGCACCACCCAUCCAGGCCCCUGUGGUCUCCAUGUCAUCCACGGGGCUGGGCUCUUCGUCCGCCAUCCCUGCCGUGCUGUCCCCUGGCUCCAUCCUGGCCUCCACGCAGGGCAGCGGGGGCCAGCAGAUCCUGCACGUCAUCCACACAAUCCCCUCGGUCAACCUGCCCAGCAAGAUGGGCAAUCUACAGACCAUCCCAGUGGUGGUGCAGUCCCUGCCCGUGGUCUACACCACCAUGCCCGCAGACGGGGUCACCGCCGCCAUCACCGUGCCCCUCAUCGGCGGCGAUGGCAAGAACGCGGGAUCUGUGAAAAUUGACCCCAGCUCCAUGUACCCCCUGGAGAUGAACAGCGACAGUGAGGACAGCGUCACGGAGAGCAGCUCCGCCCCCUUCCAGGACCUGCAGAGAGAGUCGCGGUCGCCUGUGGCUCGGAUGCAACGGGCUGAGUCCCCCGACUUGAAGAAGAGGCGGAUUCACCAGUGUGACUUCGAGGGCUGCAACAAGGUGUACACGAAAAGCUCCCACCUCAAAGCGCACAGGAGGAUACAUACAGGAGAGAAGCCGUACAAAUGCACCUGGGAAGGCUGCACCUGGAAGUUUGCCCGCUCCGACGAGCUCACCCGGCAUUUCCGCAAGCACACAGGCAUCAAGCCCUUCCGCUGCUCGGACUGUGACCGCAGCUUCUCGCGCUCGGACCACCUGGCCCUGCACCGCCGGCGGCACAUCAUGAUGUAAGGGGAGGGCCUCCGGUUCCUCCACUGCCCCCCGCCUGCCCACCCCCGCCUCACCAGCCACAGCGGAGAGACUGCGAGACGGGAGGCACUGUCCCCAGCUUGAUUCAGCCUGGCAGCAGGCUGGAUGCCAGCUUGGCACCUGUGGCUGCCCACACCUGAGAAAGCAGACCUCCUACCACACACACGAGGGCUAGAAAGAGGCUCUGGAGAGAUGCCCUGCUCCUUCUCUUCUGUUCUCCUCCCCUUCCUUCAGUGGCUGGAAAGCCCCAGGAUUCCUUGAAAUGGCACCCAGCUCUUCAUCUGGCUUUGAUUUUUUUUUGCACAUUGCCUUCCCCUCCUGGGUCAGGAAACACAGUGGGCAUGCGGCACGUGUGUGCAUAGCCCCAGCGCGACCCUGGCCUUGGCGAGUGAAUCAGACUGGCCGGACGGCAUCGCUGCUGGCAGAAGGCUGCUGCUGGGGGUUGGAUUGGGGGUUUGGCUCACGGCUAGGGGCUGGCUGUCUCCUACCAACGGGCUGAUGCAAUAGGACUCCAUUCCUGUGAAGCUGGCACUGCCGCCUCUCCUGUUCCACGACACAUCAAAUGUGGCUUGUCCUAGCUGGUCCCUUGCACUCCCUGAGGUACUGCUGGCAUUGGAGAGCCCGCCUGGUCUUGGCUUGAUCUCUCUCUUUCAUGAGCACAUAGGCAACUGGCUGUUAGCGAAGAGGCGAGGACAAGGGGCUCAUGGUGUUACCUGAGGAGGGAGGGCCCGAGGAACAAAGAAAAGGGAAAACUUUGCGGAACAUGGAACUGUGAUGAUUUUAUCUGAUUUUAGGGGGGGGGGGGAGGGGUUGGGGACCCUGAAUUCUGCAGGGCCAAGGAAUAGGACAGUAGAUAUGUUUCUAACUUAAACCUAGCAGCCUGGGCACGGACUGUUGCAUUUUUCUAUUGCUCAUUUGGCCUGCAGAGGCCGAGCCGGCCCCGUGCUCUAGGUGGACUCAUGGGGCUCUGUACUGGAUCAUUUUGGACUUGAUCUGCGGGGGACUGAUGGGGUGGCUGCGGGGCUGGAAAUACACACGUCCAUGCACAGUUGAUUAUAUAUAUAUAUUUUUUUUUAAGAAUUGCUUUUCCCCUUCCCUUCUGCAGGGGUGGAGCUAAGAACCUGAUGCUUUUCCAGGUGCACCUUUUUGUGUCUGCAUCUUUCUCUCUGGUGGAUUUGAGUUUGGCAAAUGCAGGGAUGGAGUGUGCCUGCCAGACAGCCUCUGUGCUGCCCACGGGAGAGAGGGCGAGUGCAGUGGCUGGAAUUGGUGGGGGGAGGGAGCCGGGAAGGAGAAGAUCGUCAAGAUGAGGCAAACUGGAUCCUCGUUCUGCCACCAGCCUGGGCUAGGGAUCUGGUGUGCCAGCUAAAGCCAAGAGUCUGCCAGCCAUCCUGGUAUUGACAAGAUGUAUAUGCUGAAGGAGAGAGACUGGGGAGUCCCGUUAUGUUUGGUGCUGCGUGUGGCUCUGCUUAUCACAUUGUUUCCCCUUUGCUCCCCAGUCCAGCUCAACACUGAGUUCAUGUAGGUUCAUGUAGUUCAUCUGCAUUUCACUGGGCAGAUUCUCUUUCUUCCUCACGUCCCUUUCAUUUAAGAAGGCUCUUGAUCCAUAGGUGCCGAGUCUGUGGGUGCUCCAGGGCUGAAGUACCCAUUUAAAGAAAUAGGGGUUGCCCAGCAGCUGCAGGUCCUGAUUAAUCUUUUGUGGGCCCUGGUGCCUGGACCAUGGCCCCACCUGUGCUCCACCCCCUGCUCCACCCUGAGGCCCCACCCUCUCUUGGCCUCUCUCCCCCCCACCCCCCUCCGAAGCCCUGCCUGCUGCUCGCAUGGGAGGGAGGGGGUGGAGGGGAGCACCCACCCGCAAAACCAAAAGUCAGCGCCUGUGUUUUGAUCAACUCGCCACCCACUGCAGCUCCUUCGCGCCUCAGUGGACCCUGGAGCCAGUUCAUAGCAGGGGAGGAAGAGGUGUGUGGCCACUAUCUGCCUGCAGGUUAUGCAGCGAGAUCCCAAGCCCUGCCUCUGACGCGGGCCAGCCCUCCUCUGAAAUGAUCUCCCUAGGCAUUGUCCCUUCCUCCCAAGGGCGUGAACAAGUCUUUCUGCAUGAAGGAAAAUCCCACAGGGCCUGCUGCCCUUUCCAAAGCUUGAAGCUGCAGGACAAUUGUUUAGGGUGAGGUUCCAGACAGGCUGGCAUUUGAAAUUCCAUUUGGGUCACUUUGCAGCUGGCAGCUAGCUCCAUGGGGAAGUAAACUUAUUUCAUCCGAACUUCAAUCCUCGGCCUACCAGGAACACAGAUCUGCCUAGGUUUUUCCCAUCCCCCACAUUCCUGUUACCUGGGUGGCCUCAGGGUUGCCAAUUCUGGCUGUAUUUGGUGUUUUCCUUAAAGCUGCAGGUCCUGGACUCAGGUGACAAUCUCAGCUUUCAUUGAAAAGCAAAGUUUUUCCUACCUUCCUGGUUGUGGAGCAAACUUUGAACAUGUGACCUCUAAAGGCUUCAAGAGAAAAAAGCCCCCCCCAAAAUUGUGUUAUAUAAAAAUCUCAUGAUUUUUGAGGGGAAGGGGAUUUGACUCAUGAUUUUUGAAUGCUUGGGGUUGGCAAUGCUGAGAUGAGAUCUGAGAAGCUGACAGGCCUUGUGUUUUGAUUUUAAUUUCUUCAAUCUGCUGUUUCCCGAGUGUCCGUGCAAAAUACACACGUGCACACAUGCAACAGAGCACAACAAGAAAACGAGGAGGGCAAGAGACAUCAAAGGGAACGUUAGCUCCCCUCUGUCUGAGCAGGGCAGGCUUUGCUUUGGGAUUUUUACCAUGAAAUUUUAAAACCUUGAGCUGUGAGAUAUUUGUACAAAAUUGUUUGACGUUUUUCUACAUGGGAAUAAUAUGGAAAGUAGAUGCAUUUUAUUGGUGUGUGUCUUGCUUUUAAAAAGAGGCUUUUUUGUCUUUUGGUUGGUGGGAGGGAAAAGGCAGUAGUUUCAAUCCAGUAAAAACAAAUCCCCCUUUCUUGGUUCUCAGCAUGAUCUCCAUAAAGGGAAGAAGUUGUCAAGCACAGUUUUGGGUUCCAAAGUUUAGAUUCCCCCCCCCCCCAAAAAAAAUAAAUAAAUAAAAAAGGCUUUUACAAAACUUAAGAGCAAUAGAUCUAUUUCUAUGGAGUUUUAACAAUAUAAGUCUGAAGAAAAUAGCAUUUACAAUCAGAAUUUGGAAGUAGACAUUGGAAAAUUUCUUUAAAUAAAUAAAUUUCUCCCUUGAAGUGUUUGCAGCCCAAACAUUGCAGGGCUGGGAACCUAGAAGUAAAACGGACCGCAAGCAGAAGUGAAACUGACUUCCUGAGUUGGCAAUGUUGAGACAGCGAGAACUGUAGACUGCCUACAGACUCAAAUGAUAUGGGAAAGAAUAGGAUGCUUCAAAUUGCCUUUGGAUACCAUGAUCCGAGAUGGUGUUUGUAGCCAAGAAUACAUUAUUAAUAGAGCUGGUUUUGUGAAAAAGUUUUGAAAUAGUUUUCUUUUUGCAAGGCUCAAAAUGAACCCAUUUAUUUUCAGUAUUCCUCUCCCCGGCCCCUCAGUUUGUCUUUUUCAACAAAUUCAUUUUUUCCCGUUCUUAUUGAAAAUGGCAGGGGGUGAGGAAAAGAAGGGGGACAAAAGAAAAGGAGAGAAGUAAAAGAGGAAAAAUGAUACAUUUCAAAUAAAACAUCCGUGAAAAGUUUCCAGAACAUACAAUUUUUGGACAUGCACAAAUUUUUGGGAUGCAGAACGAAUUGUGACUAGCUGUAAUACACAAACAGAUGUGUGUGUCUUGAAAAAUGGUGUUAUUGAUGAGUUGGUUCUUAGCCUUUCUCAGUUGUUCUAUUCCACCCUCCUCUCCUUAAACUACUAACCAGCUGCCUGCUGGAUUCAGUAGCUAGGAGCAUGCAAAGACAGACUGCUGGAGGCCUCACUGCCCCGUCUACACUACGAAAAAUAAAAUAAUCAGGAGCCUGAUUUUCGAAGUAGUCCCCAAGCCCACCCACCGCUCCCAUGGAUUUCAGUUGAGUUGUGGGUGCUGAGAAUCUCAGACAAUUGGGCCCUACAGGCCAGGGCCCAGAUCUUCUAAAGUCUUUAGGUGCUUUUCUCUCAUUGAAAUCAAUGGGUGUUAGCCCCCUAAAUACCUUGGACGGUCUGGCCCCAGAUCCUCAGCUGGUGUCAAUGGUCAUAGUUCCAUGGAAGUCAAUAGACCGCUGACAGUUUUACACCAGCAGAGGAUUUGGCCCUUUGGGAAUGUCUACACUGUGAUUAAAAACCUGCAGCAGCGAGUCUCAGAGCCCACCCCCCUCGCAGGGUCUCAGAGCUCGGGCUCCAGCCCUAAUGUCUACACUGCAAUUUUAUAGCACUGCAGCCCAACCUCCAUGAGCCCAAGUCAGCUGACCCAGGCCUGCUGCAGCCAUGUCGUGGGCCUUUUACUGCGGUGUAGACAGACUCGGUGUGUUUAAACUGUUGUGAAAUAUGAUUUGUUUCAGUGCGGAUUGGUUUUUUGCCUCUUUAUACUGGGGUGGGGGGGAAGUUAAGGCCCUUGGUUCUUGUCUAGAUUUUUACCAGGGUUAGAACUGAGUUUCUUGCCCUGAUUAUAACUGUGAGGUUUUUCUGUGCCACGGGGGAACGAAAAUACCAGUCAAGAUUUUCAAAAUUCACUUUGGGUGCCUCAGUUUUUAGAAUUGACCAGGUUUAGAGUCCUUUUAAAGAGACCUGAUUUCUGGAGGGUGGGUUUUGAGCACUUCCAAGCCCCUUUAAGCUGCCUUGAAUUGGAGCCCCCCCCCCCCCCAUCAGCCUGUUUCCAGCACACUUGGGCCCAAAUCAGACUUCCCAGCAGUGUUUUGAAACUUGGUUAUGUUUGUAGACAGGGCAUAUUGGACCCCCUCUGCUCCAAGGCAGAGUAGAUGGGUGCUGUUUAGGGUAUCAUUUGUUGGCACGCCUGAACAAUCAGACCGUGCUUUCUCCCAAUUUGAAACCAACCGGGGUACUUAACUUCUGCUUCCGCUUGCACAUGGCUCAGAAGGGGAAAUGCAAUGGAGGGGGAUGAGGCAAACCUAGUGCUUGCUCAGUGGCUGAGUGAGCUGUGGUUGAGCAGGUCUCCUGCAUCUUCUGAUCCAGUAUUGUGUCCCUGACUCAGUGGAUACAUGACCGGAAAUUAGAGCUCGCAUCCAUGGGCCAUUAACCCUGAAAUGAUGACAUUCAGUGUCAGCAUCAGUGAACAAUGUCAGUGCUAGUUACUUGAGCUGCAGGAACAUCCAGCCACAAUGGGGUUGUGGGUGCAGGCUGAGCAAAGCCCCCACCACUCCUAUCCUACCCCUGUCCCACCACAGAAAUUGGGUGAGGGCUGGAGCUUUUGGGGAUCACACUUCACAUGUUGUGGUCCAAAUGUGAGUUGCAUGCGAUGGGACAAUGGCUUGAACAGGGGCAGAUCCCCUUGGCCCAGAUUCUCCCAGGCAUUUAGGAUCAAUGGAAGUUAGGCGCCUAAACACGAGUGAGGAUCUGGGCCUUUCUCCAACUUUCACUUGGUAAGACAGUUCUCUCUAGUGGUUAGAGCAAAAACGCAGGGCUCAGGACUCCUGGGUUCUAUUCCCAGCUCUGCCGCAGACGUGCGGUGUGACCUUGGGCAAGUCAUUUUUUUCCUCUGUGCCUCAGUUUUCCCCAUCUGUCAAAUGGGGAUAAUAAUACUUAACCUACCUCGCAGGGGUGUUGUGAGGCUUCCUUCGAUGUUUGCAAAGUGCUUUGAGAUCCUCGGAUGAAAGGUGCUAUGAAGUGCAAAGUAUUAUUAUUUUAUUUUUAAUAUUAAAUAACUUAUAACGAAGUGCGCGCGUGCCGUGGGCUUGUGUGGGCUGCAGGCGAUGUGAAGGCUGCAAUGAUGGACGCUUAGUGCAAGUGGCAUGUGACGCCAUUCGAAACCCUCGUCUUUCCAGCUGUGCAUCAUACCGGCUUCCUGGGUCUGGUGCUUCCCAGACAUCUGAGAAGCUGCAAUGGGACUGCUGCCCCCAGCAGCUCAGACCUGAUUCCCCAGCCCUGACCCACUAGCUGCCUCUGGCAUCAUCCGCCCUGAGAGAAGCACCUCACUGAGCUUGCCUUCAGCGGGGGGUGUGUGUGUGUGUGUGUGCUUCGUGUAAAUCUGGCCCCUCGCUGUUCUCUGUCAAGGACCCUUUAUGCCCUAGUUGUUGGCAUCUGGGGAGGGGGCGGGUAUAUAAAUCAGCUCCUCAAAUUCUUGGGUUUUGCUCUUAUUUUUGGAUCAAACCGAAACCGCUCUUCCCCCACCUCCAACUGGGUUGUGUUCCCAGCCCUGCCUGGGAGGUUCUCUUGGCCCUACUGGUGUGGCAUUUAACGUGUGUUGUUACUAACUGAUGAUCCGAGAGUUAAUGGCACCAGUGAAACAUGCUGGGAACGGAGAUUUGGCUGGCUCUGUGUUGUCGCGACUCUGGUUGAGUUUUCUGUUCAUGGCUAGUUCUUUCCCUGCGCGCUGUGGAUUUGUUUUAGCCGAUCUCUUUCUCUGCGUCCUUUCUGCUGCUGCUCCUUACCUUUCCCUGGGUCCAUUAUUUUAUUGAUGUCAUAUGGAACACAAGCCCACCCUGCAAACGGUAAGUUCAGUAGUGGCUCCGAGCCAGAUCCUAGCCCUACAGAAAGACUGAUUGGAAGAGCAAAAGCCUGCAGUAGGUUUGCAUGACCAAGCAAUCGCUCCUUCCCCCGCCCUCAACCCUCUUUUGGGGCCUUGCUCUCCUACAGCCCAGAGAAGAUGAAGUGGUUUGGAUGGGAUGGUUGUUGUGACCCUGUGUAUUGAGUGAUCUUAUCCAGUUUGAUUGUUGUACUGUUUUUUUGUUUUGUUUUUUUUUUAAUUAAUAAAAUGGUAUUUUAAACUUGG